AUGGACACGCCACCAGAUCCGCCCGUAUUGGUACCUAAUCCGCAAGGCGACCUCAGUCAAAUCGCCGACAUCACCAACGCGCCUUACAUCCACAUCCGCGUCAUCUCCUUCCCAACGGCAGCCACCAAGAAGAACGCGUUGAAACAUUUCCCAGACAAGGCCGAUCACGACACCUACGAAAUUCUCUGGACAGCUCCAAAGCCGAAGAAACCCGCUGCCUGGCUUGCAUUGUUCAACACUCGGGUCGGCUCACCCGUAGGCGAUGCGGAGUGGGCCAAACGACCCUGGCACUACUGGGGUGCCGCGCUCGUGAAGUCUAGCGCUGGGCAAGGGAAACACCUCAUCAUCUGGGACUGCGAUGCGGGCACUCCAUCGGCUGAUGCUAGGCGCAAGGAUGUGAUGCUGGUGAAUCAGGUCAAGCUGAUCGAACACGCUGAGAAGAACGGGAAGAUCAACAGUGUCUGGUACGGAGGACAGAAGGAUGAGUCGGAGCAGGAUUCUCUUUCUCGCACUGUGAGCUGGAUCCGGAGUAUGGCGCUGCUAGGAGAUUUGCCAUUCGAUGAAGAGGCGGAUCCACGGACCACACACUGCGUCAGAUUGACAAGGCGCUGA